UUGAGGUUAUAGAUUCAUAAUAAUACAAAAAAAACUGUUUUAAUGAAAUGCAAAAUUAUAAAUUAUCAGGUGAUAAAUUUGUCAUUCAAUAUUUGCUACGACACAAAAUAUUUUAUUUCCCAUUGAAAAAUUCAAAAUGAUAAAUCCUUCUUUACCGGAAUUUCUCGUUGGAGUAGGAAUAUUUCUUCUCUUUGUUUUGCUAUUAUCAGAGAUCGUCGACGGUGCUGAUAUGUUUUCAUUUGAAAGUUGCGGAUAUUCGACCUCAUUUUCUUUUGGCUAUGACAGCGAAAAUGGACCACAUAAAUGGAAAUUGUUAUUUCCUGAAUGCAAUGGCUGUAACCAAUCUCCCAUCAAUAUCGUAACACGUCUUGCUGCCGUUUUACAAUCAUCUGAACCUUUAAAAUGGAGUGGCUAUCGUUCACAGCCUACAUCUAUGCUGUUGGAAAACGAUGGAAAUUCCGUGAAUGUAACCGGUGUUUGGUCAGGCGGAGCGUUACCAAAUGUAACGAAAGGUCCUUUAAAUGAUACGUACAAUUUUCAUUCGAUGAUUUUUCAUUGGGGACCAUCGAAUGAUGAGGGAAGUGAGCACACUUUAGAUUAUGUAAAAUUUCCAAUGGAACUUCAAAUGGUCCAUGUGAAAAAAUGUUAUACUUCCCCUCAGGAUCGAUCCUUGCUCCAUACUAAAGAUGCUGUUGCAAUAAUUUCCUAUUUUUUACAGAUAACAAAUGACGACAAUCCUUACUUAGAUCAUAUAGUAACAAAUCUUUGGCGAAUUUCAAAAGCUGGGACAAAAGUUUCUAUACCACCUUUUCCAUUGGAAUGGCUUUACCCACCCUUUGAAUGUUCUUAUUAUAGUUACAAUGGUUCACUUACCCAACCUCCCUGCACUGAAAUGGUCACUUGGAUCAUUCAACCAGAACCUAUUGCUAUCUCUUCAUUUCAAGUGGCACAAUUUCGAAAAAUACGCUCCUCUAAAGGUAAUCCGGUGUUAUUAAAUACAAGACCUGUUCAAAAAUUAAAUGACCGUGAAGUAUAUUUUUAUGAUUAAUUUAUUGUCUUAAAGAAAAUUUAAUUUUUAACCAACAAAUUGUUUAUAAAACUUCCAUUAUUUUGUAAACAAAUAUAAAAUUAUAAAAUUUUAUUAAAUACUAAAAAUAAAAAACUUAAUAUUCUUCUA